AUGUUUGACGACCAAAAAGCACUCGGAUCCAUCGCCACCACCCUCAGCAAUUGGCUGGCUUACUUCCGUCGGCUUGACAAGUCCCAGCGCGUGCUCAGCAGACUGGGCGAAGCGGAGAUUGUGAACAGCCAAGAAUUCUUGCCCAUGAUCAAGCAGCUCAACAUCUGUCUAGAAGACAAGUAUGGGGCACUGCUGAGUGAAUUCUUCUCUACCUGGGUCUCAACCAGAAGCCAAUUGCUCCAUGCCCAAAUCAAGAUCAAAAUCAACCGCAUCCAGAUCACCCAUCAGCAGGUCCCUGAUCUCAUCUCUCUGGCGACCACGGGAUGCAAUUACAUGAGAUCGGUGUGUGCCACCAAAUGGAACCUCUUCAAGUCAUUUUUCCAAAAAACCGGAGAAGAAGAGCUCUUUGUUUAUCUAGAAUCUCUGUGCGAUUAUUUGUACGAUUUAUUGAGACCUCAGAUCCUGCAUGAGCAGAAAUUGGAUCUCCUAUGUCAUUUGGCGACGAUCUUUAAUUUCUCAACUCUCCUCAAGCCAAUCCUUCAAGACAUCCAAACCCGCCUGAUCUUUCGCGCCCAAGCGAUCAUCCAAACCAAAGUGGCUAACUAUAUGCCAAAACACAAGGACCUUGAUUACCCUAACAAGCUCAUCCAGACCAACCAGAAACGUCGGCAGAGUGGCCAACAGUCCAAGCGUACCAACAAUCCUCCCGCCCCACUCCUCGAGCAUCCUCAUGCACCACUUAAGUCCAGGCUUCCGGCUGAAGGUGUCCAGGAAAAUUGGUAUCCUACCUUGAGGAAGACCUUGUGGAUCCUAUCAAGGCUGCAUAUGUAUGUCAAUGAUGCUAUCUUUCAGAAUUUUGCCGGCGAGGUGGUAGGCAUUUGCUCGGAAUCGAUCAUCAAAGCCUCCAACAUGAUGAACUCGGUCGCAAGCCACCAGGCCAGCUCAACGACUCCAGCAAUGAGCUUGAAGAUCCAAGCAAAUUUGAUUGAUCGGGAGCUGUUUGUGAUCAGACAUCUGUUGAUCCUCAAGGAAAUGAUCCAAACACUGGAUGUUGUCCAAGUCAAGCGGGCCGUCAAUCUCGGGUCGAUCACCAACAUCUUGAAAGAGAUCCUGAACCCAAGCUUCAAAGACUCACUGAUCUUCAAGCCAAUCAUCUUGAUGAAUAAGCUGAAGAGCCUCAACCACAGUCAGAUCGAGUUUUCAAAACGGAUGCAAUACUCGUCUCAGAGAGAGCAGGACCCUUUAUCCGUCGACGAGCAUCAUCUCAACCUCAAUCUGGACAUGCUGGAUGCCCAAAUCACGAAGACUAUCGACAGCAAGUCAGACGUCGACCUCAAGCUGAAGACAAUCUGCCACCAAUUCAUCCUCAAGUCGUCCGGUGGUCAAGUCUUCUCUGGGCGGCGGCGAUGGCUGUGGUAUUGCCGAGCAGAAACAAGCAGCAAGAGUCGCAGCUAA